AUGGGCGACCGCCUUCCCCACCUGGACACGCCGUCGGAAGACUUCCUCAGCAAUCUCCCCGAUGCGCUUCUCCACCACAUCCUCUCCUUCCUCCCCACCUGCGACUCCGUCCGCACCUCCGUCCUCUCCCGCCGAUGGCGUCGCAUAUGGUCCUCCGUCCCAGCAAUGGACUUCCAUUUCUCUGACCCUACCAACUGGGGAGCCUUAUCAUCCGUCGGCCGAUUCGUCGCCGCCCGUGACAACUCUUGCUCCAUUUCUCGACUGCGUCUCAUCUUCGACUAUGUAUUGUUCUCAUAUGAAACCUGCUUGUGUGAAUGGAUCGACAACGCCAAAUCCCAUGACGCUCAAGACGUGACCCUCCGCAUAAGCAAUCCCAGACGAGACUAUACUUCCCUACUCGUCGCUCUGUUCAAUUGGCCAUCACUCACGGCCCUGGAUCUGAAAAUGGAAGGCUGUGUUGUCAGUGUUGGACGGGCUUUCAACCUUCCCGAAUGUGUUACCCUGAGCAAUGUCAAGACGCUUUCCCUUUCAAUUUUUAAUGAAAUUUCACAGGAGAGCUUGUCUAGGCUGCUGCUAUCUUGUUGCCCUGCUUUGGAAGAACUUUUCCUUAUUGAAGUUGAAGCCUCUCUUGAUCAUAAAACAUGGGAAUAA